GCAAUGUGGUAAUGUUUUUAUUAUUUUUUUCUGGCCCACGAUGUCAUGCAAACUCGGUAGGUAUCAAAACACAGUAGGCCACAGCAUGCAGAGCAAAUUCAAAUCCCUUCAACGGUUCGAAUUCUGAGCGAGAAGGGAUUUUUACGGAGAAAAUGUUUAACGUGAAGAAUCGAGUUAGAAUGAAAUCGUGUACAAGUAUAUGGUUAUGGCUCACAGUUUUGUUGUUUUCAGUUCAAUCUUUGGGAUCUGAGAGGAGUGACGUGGCAUACGUGACUCUAUUGUACGGAGAUGAAUUCUUGUUGGGCAUUCGAGUUCUGGGCAAAUCUAUACGGGACACUGGAUCCAUCAAAGACAUGGUCGUUUUGGUCUCUGAUGGUGUCUCUGAUUAUGCCAAUAAUGUUCUCGAGGCUGAUGGGUGGAUAAUUGAGAAGAUUAGUUUGCUGGCCAAUCCUAAUCAAGUACGUCCAACGAGAUUUUGGGGUGUCUAUACAAAGCUCAAAAUAUUUAACAUGACUGACUACAAGAAAGUUGUUUAUCUUGAUGCUGACACUAUUGUGGUUAAGAAUAUUGAAGACCUAUUCAAAUGUGGGAAAUUCUGUGCUAAUUUAAAACAUUCUGAGAGGUUGAAUUCAGGAGUCAUGGUGGUGCAGCCAUCUGCUGCCGUCUUCAAUGACAUGAUGAGUAAAGUAAACACUCUGCCAUCUUACACUGGAGGGGAUCAAGGGUUUCUCAAUUCAUAUUACUCUGGAUUUCCCAACGCACAUAUUUUUGAGCCAAAUUUGACCCCCGAAAUGUUGGAAAAUAGACCAGUUCCUGAAAUGGAGCGACUUUCCACUCUUUAUAAUGCAGAUGUUGGUCUUUACAUGCUGGCUAACAAGUGGAUGGUAGAUGAGAAUGAACUCUGCGUGAUUCACUAUACACUUGGCCCUCUUAAACCUUGGGACUGGUGGACAUCUUGGCUGGUGAAACCUGUUGACGCCUGGCAGAAUAUAAGGGAACAGCUGGAGGAAACCCUUCCUGGAACUAAAGGAGGCCAAAAUCCUAAAGAUUAUUUUCUUGUAAACUUUCUUUUUCUGUUACCAUUUUGUGCUGUGGUGUUCUUCAGCUAUCGUUCAUUUCUAAAGAAUCAAGGGUACUAUGGUUCCUGUUGUAGAAACUCACGUGAUCAUGUCAGGCAACUUUAUUACAGGAUUAAAUCAGGGGGGCCAAUUGUAUAUACUACUAUUUCUACCUCAACUAUCAGUUCCACUCAUCAGCUCAUAGAAGGUCAGAACAAGGUGCCUGCAUAUUUGGGCAUUACUUCUGUCUGUGUCUGUUUGUUGGCUGCCGUGGUGUCUCUUGGACUAGCUUUCUUGAUAGUACCUCGGCAAGUGGCUCCAUGGACUGGUUUCCUUUUGAUGUAUGAAUGGAUAUUCAUAAUCUUCAUUGUACUAUUUGGGAGUUAUCUCAAUUUGAUUUAUCAUUGGGGAAAAAUUAUGGCAUCACAUACGCCUUCCUCGUUGACUCAUCUCAAAUCUUGUGAUGAGGAUUCUGGAAAAGGUCACCAGCGUCAGAUGUCAUCAUGUAAUGCUGCUACGUGGUUCUAUGGUUUAGGGAUGGCCUUCUUGGCCAUUGCUGCUCCCUGUUUGCCUUUUAUUUUUGGGAUCACUGCAUUGUUUUUACGGUUAGGUUUGAUGGUUGUCGGGGGCGUAAUAUUAGUAUCUUUCAUGACAUACUCUUCGGAACAUCUUGCUAUCAGAUCAUUUGUGAAAGGGUUUGAAGAGAGGGAUGUCGCACGCAAUGCAAGCUUCUGCUGUUGAUUGAAUUCUUUGAGGUGAUGCAAACUGCGGUAGAUCAUUUCUUUAUUCACCUCUAUUUCAUUAAAAUAUGGAUCACGGAUCCAUGCAGGACUGGGAUACGUUGCCAUACACCAACCCUCACAUUUUAUCUGAGCUUGGACUGCUCAUGCAAAAAUUACAACAAAGCGUGGCAUUACGCUGAAGAAAUUCUUAGGAAAAACUCUAAAUUUAGUUUUUGAUAAAACCAAAAAACUUUUUAAUCAACUGGUAGUGUGGUUGUUAUUGUAUUCAUCUAGCUUAUCUAAUAUAUUGAGAGUUAGUGUGGUUAUUAUUGUAUUCAACCAACGGGAAGCAUUUUUUGACAGCUACCCUAUAGUCCUAUAGUUGAACACAAUAAUAACGGGUAGCGUUGUUCCAUUGACAAAUGUAAAACUAAUUUUGUCAACUUAGCAUAAUGUAUUUUUCCUAGUUAUCAUAAUUGCAUUUUA